AUGUUAUGCCUGCUGGAUUGCCAUGAUAUGCUCAUGUUUAUAAAUGGGUCAUUAAAGGAACCCCGAGAGCAUGAUGGUUCUAAAGCGAUUGCAGACGAAACUGCUUUUAGAGCCAUGUAUAGGCAAUUGGAAAGAGUCACUUUCACUUUCACCUCUGUCCACCAGGACAAACGUACAUUGAUUGUUGAAAUUGGAGAAGACGAAAAAACUGCACUCUACAUUGCAAUCAGUAAUCCUUCAAAUAUUUCGUUUCUUGAGAAUCUCCUCAAUCACAUAUAUGUUGACGAAGAGUCACUUUCACUUUCACCUCUGUCCACGGCGUUGUGGUUUGCUAUAGAGUGUGGCAACAAAGUGGCUGUAGAACUGUUGGUCAAUAAAAACCCGCAUUUGUUAUUCAUUGACUACCAGCGCAACUAUAGCAAGUUGGCUCUCCCUCUUGAGACCGCUGCUCUUUAUUCUCAGAGGGCCAUUUUGGAUUAUUUAUUUGAAAUGUACAAACAAUAUAUUGGCCUCACCGACAACUUUGGCUACCCCAAUCCUUUCAAAGGAAACCAUGUUUAUAAUCUAUUCACUUGGACAAUCACAAAGUAUUUUGAUGUUGCAUAUGACUUGCUCAAAGACCACUACCAUGAACUGGCAGUAAAUCAGGACAGGCCAUGGUAUAUGGUGAAAAAACUUGCGGAAAUGCCAGGUGCUUAUCAGAGUGCCAAACCAUGCAACUUCUACCAAAGAUUCGUUUAUUUUCGUUUGUUUCUUCAUUUGCUCUUAAUCCAUUGUUCUCAUAUUCAAUCAUGUUUCUACAAAACCAUGUGCAGACAUCUCAUUUCUUUUUUUUUUAACUUAUAUAAGAAUGAAAUAUAGUUUUCUUAA